UGAAUACACACGCGAAGAGGAGGAGGAGGAGGAGGAGGAGGAGGAGAAGGAGAAGGAGAAGGAGAAGGAGAAGGAGACGAAGACGAAGACACCGGGUUAGCGCACACUCGAGGGCUCAAACGUGGAGCUGCCGGGGGAAAGGGCUCCCGGCUGAACAGGGACUUGCUCAGCAGUGGGAAAGCGACACCAGCCAUGGCUUCAAAUUUUAAUGACAUAGUGAAACAGGGCUAUGUGAAAAUUCGCAGCAGAAAACUGGGGAUGUACAGAAGAUGUUGGUUGGUGUUUAAGAAAGCCUCCAGCAAAGGCCCAAGAAGAUUAGAGAAAUUUCCUGAUGAAAAGGCAGCAUUUUUCCGGAACUUUCACAAGGUAACUGAGCUGCACAGCAUCAGGAACAUAAGCAGGUUGCCCCGGGAGACAAAGAAACAUGCUGUGGCAAUUAUCUUUCAUGAUGAAACAUCAAAGACAUUUGCCUGUGAGUCAGAACUGGAGGCAGAAGAAUGGUGUAAGCUUCUCUCUGUUGAAUGCUUAGGAUCCAGACUCAAUGACAUCAGUUUCGGGGAGCCUGAUCUUUUGGCAGCCGGCGUUCAAAGGGAACAAAAUGAGCGGUUCAAUGUGUAUUUGAUGCCAACUCCCAAUCUGGACAUUUAUGGAGAAUGCACCAUGCAGAUCACACAUGAGAACAUUUAUCUGUGGGACAUCCACAAUCCUAGAGUAAAGCUGGUGAUGUGGCCACUCAGCUCCCUCAGACGGUAUGGAAGGGAUGCAACAUGGUUCACAUUUGAAGCUGGCAGAAUGUGUGACACGGGAGAGGGACUGUUUACAUUUCAGACACGGGAAGGAGAGAACAUCUAUCAGAAGGUACAUUCAGCAACUCUGGCCAUAGCCGAACAACACGAGCAACUGAUGCUGGAGAUGGAGAAAAAAACACGGCUGCAGUCCAGUCCGAGUGAUGAGAUGACACUAAUGACGAUAACACUUCCUCGGAGUGCGUACUGGCACCACAUUACCAGGCAGAACAGUGUCAGCGAACUGUAUAGCUUACAAGGGAAUGAUUUAAACUUGACAAAGGUUCCUCGAGCACAAACCUUCCCUAGCUACGUCUCAGAACAGAGUCAUGAGCACCAACACUUACUAUCUCCAACUAGUAGCUACGGAUCGAACUACAGCUCUGGGUUGGCCCAGUGAUGUGCACCGAACAAUGGGAGGAGUCACUGUGAGCCGGGCCACAUGUAGAGAGAAGCCUGAUUUGGUAACUGUGAGAGGGCAAGGACUAAAUACAGGUGAAACAAAACAAGUCUUGGAUGGCGUUUGCUGUAUUUGGAGCAUUCAGGUGAUAGACUGAAUAUUCAUAGGCUUAAAAAUACCUGUACAUCUUUUUUAAUAUUAAUUGGCUCCCACCUGCUGAUAACUACAUACCUCCUUGGGAAAUAGAAUUUGAUGUAUAAAAAUGCAAUGUAGAGUAUUUUUAAAAUCCAGCUGCUGUAAAACAUGGCUUCUGUGUGUAAAACACAAUUGUUUGGACAGGUCUAAAAGUGGUUGAGUCAAAUUGUCUGUGUCUGUGAUGACUGUCAAACACGUUUUUGUUUCUAAUACUAAUUCAGGUAUUGCUUUCAGAUCUGCCCUGCGGAAAUUCCCAUACAUCAAUAGGUUUUUUUUCAUUUGACCGGAUUGCAGUGUUGUUUGAUGUGUUUGACUUAAUCUAUUUGAUUUACGAAGGUGAAUAUUCUCUGAUGAAUGGUAGUGUGAUUAUUCAACUCGUGUAUGAUGUUUGCCUAAGGGGUUGUCCAUUGGUGGGUCUUCAGGUGGCUGUAGACGUCAGUCCGGGUCCACAUAAUUCCAGGAUAUUAGGGCAAACUCCCUUAAAGGAUAAUGCUGUGUGUGACUUUAACAUGGGGAGGCUGAUGCAUGGGCAGCCACCGCAUGGUUCUUAAUGGAUCAGAUCAGGGUCAAGGUCCCGUGGUAUGGAAUGCAAGAUGACUGGGGACCCUUCACUGCUAUUGUGAUGUCUCAUCAUCUUCUGUUUGAGGUCUUGUCUGGAACCGCUCCCUUGACCUUACCACCAGGGGUGACCCUACCAUGAGUUAAGCGCCGGGUGGCUAUCUCCAGGUAGCAUCGCUCUCAGGAUCUCAGGAAUUCACAAGCCUCUCCAGCAGGAUGGGUUGACCAUCCUCGGAGAAGUUGGUGUAAUCUGCAGGACGAAUAAGGGCUCAAUGGUUCAAUUUUGCUGAGAGCUUACUACGUCUGGGGAAGGGGCGGUGGUGGGUAAUGGGAAGUGGAUGAUCACUUUCCAUGGGUCGAAUAUGUGCGAUAUCUAAGUGGUUUAAAGAUCGAAGUUAAUAGUUGCACACAUGAAGAACAAAAGACCUAAGUCCUGAUGAGGGGUCUCAACCAGAAGCAUUGACUGUUGAUUCAUUUCCAUAAACGCUGCCUGACCUGCUGAGUUCCUCUGGCAUUUUGUGUGUGUUCCUCUGGAUCUCCAGCAUCUUCAAAAUCCCCUGUGUUGAAAAGAAAUAAGCCAACUGAUAAAUAACCUUGCAUCAAAAGAAAACACAUCCAUAGCCAGAAUACAUCAUUGUGUCUGGCAACAUGUUGGAAAAGCUUGAAUCAGAAAUGCAGUCUCUUGUUAACCACAGAUCAUAAUUUGGUCUUAUUAAGGGAGUUUUUUUUAAUGUAAACAUCGGCUUUCAAGUAACUGCAGCUUUCAUUCCAAUUGGACCAAGGAUAUGUAAAGUAAUUCAAUGGCAACCUGAAAACUGUGACUAUUUACCAACAUGCAUAUUCUUGUGGAACUGGCACCAGAACUAGCUGAGUAUUCAAACCUGAAGUUACAUUAAGACCUGAAAUAUCAAAAUAUCUGAAGCCAGAGGUACAAAGGAAAAUACUGCUGAAGAACAACAGAGUUGUUCAAUGACAGCAAUAAAAAAGAAGCAAAAUUUCUGUCAUAGUCAACAGUUCAAACAGCAAUGGCAGGCAGAGCCAAUAAAUCAGCUUCGUUUACACUCAGUGGACACUUUACGAGAUACACCUGUACACCUGUUUGUUAAUGCAAAUAUCUGAACAGCCAAUCAUGUGCUAGCAUCUCAAUGGAUAAAAGCAUGCAGACAUGGUCAAGAGGUUCAGUUGUUGCUCAGACCAAACAUUAGAAUGGGGAAAAAAUGGGCUAAGUGACUUUGACCGAGGAAUAAUUGUUGGUGACAGAAGGGGUGGUUUGAAUAUCUCAGAAACUGGUGAUCUCCUGGGAUUUUCACACACGACCGUCUCUAGAGUUUCAAGAAAAUGGUGCAAAAAACAAAAAUGCAUCCAGUGUGCAGCAGUUCUGUGAAAAUGCCUUGUUAAUGAGGGAGGUCAGAGGAGAAUGGCCAGACUGGUUCAAACUGACAAGAAGGCGACAGUAACUCAAAUAACCGUGUGUUACAACAGUGGUGUGCAGAAGGGCAAUUCUGAACGCACAACACGUCAAACCUUGAAGUGGAUGGGCUACAGCAGCAGAAGAUCACACCAAGUUCCACUUCUGUACCUAAUAAAGUGGCCACUGAGUGGGAGUGUUUGCUCUGAAAACAUCUCUCCUUUUCGCUGCUUUUCUCCCAUGAUGCUGCUGGAUGUUUUCAACUUGCACUGUUUCUGUCUCAGAUUUCCAGUAUCUGAAAUAAUUUGCUCUUUUUAUACACUGGGCUUGAUCAUUAUCAAUCUAAGCCUCGGCUACAGUCCGUCUGAUGCUAAUCUAUGUGUUGUAAUUGCCUGAUGGGUCAUAAAUUCUAGUCCAGUACCCUCAUUCCAGUCCUGAUGAAGGGACACAGCCCGAAACAUCAACUGUUUAUUCCCCCUCCGCAGAUGCUGCCUGACCUACCGAGUUCCUCCAGUGUGUGUUGCUCUGGAUUUCCAGCAUCUGCUGAAACUCUUGUACCUAUCGUAUUCCAGACCAUCACCCUCACUGUUGUCAAAGGCAUUUUUGCUCUUUUUAUACGUCCCUAUUGUCCAGAGAUAUUUAAAGUCAAAUUGACUGAAUUGUUUUUUUUCCAUUUAACUAUUAAAAUAAUGAAUUUAGUUCAAUUACAUUAAACCAUGGUAAAUUAGUUAAAAAUGAAAAUUAUUAAAUUAGUAAGUUAAGACUAUAAAACAUGGGAGCAGAGUUAGGCUAUUCGGCCCACCAAGUCUCUUCCACCAUUCCACCAACGCUGAUUUACUAUCUCUCCUAACCCCAUUCUCCUGCCUUCUCCCCGUGACCAUUAUCGAGGUGCAGUGAAAAACUCGUCUUACGUACUACCCAUACAGAACAAUUCAUUACAGCAGUGCAUUAAGGUAGCUAGUACAAGGCAAAGUGAAAUAAAAAUACAUCAACGAUAGAGUUUAGUUUAAAUUUAAUUUUGUUUUUAUUAUUAUAGGUCCCUGAUGGUACUGAAAUAAAUGGCAAAAAAUGCUAAUUUGAAUUUAGUUUUUAAUUAAUUAUAGGUCACUUAUUCUGCUGAAAUGAAUGUGAUCACUGCCUUUACAGGUGUUUUGGCUGCCAUAAAGCUGAGAGGCCAGAUAUAAAGUGCAUCUGUAUUCCCAGCUCAGUACGACCCAGAAAAUUUGCUAGACUUCCUGGUGAGUUCAGUAGCAGAGUGGACAGCAUUCAAAGUUCAAAGUAGAUUUGUUUUCAAAGUACAUAUAUGUCACCAUAUACUACCCCAUGAUUCAUUUUCUUGUGGGCAUUCACAGUAAGUAUAUGAGCCCCCAGCAUUUUUGCAACUUCCAUUUUGCUAUGUGCAGAUAUGGAAACUGAUGACACAUGGACCAGUGGUGGGCAGAGCUCAGUCUUGAACCUGCAUCACUAAUCCCAGCAGGGACUGGCUGCCAACAAUCCCUCCUGAACAUGCAUAUUAACUCUUGUUUAAAGGAAUGUGCACUGUUGCAUUUACGUUAGUUGAAAAGAAACAAAUGUAAGGAUUUGUAAUAUGACCUGGAAGAUGGAGACAGCAGGUGCAUAAACAAUCUAUGGGGGGAACUCAAUCGGUCAGGCAGCAUCUGUCGAGGUAAAUAGUGUGUUAGUGCCUAUUAUACUGCUGGUGUUUAGGGCAGCAAUGAAGAUCCUCCAACUCUGGUGGUGUUCAGGGCUUCCUUCAUCAUGCCAGUAGCUUCCUCUUGGGUUUCACUACUGUCAGUCAUGAAAGUCCUGGGUGGAGACUCAGGAAUACCAUUACACUCAGAUGUAGGAUUCUUCAUUGCUCUUUCCAUAACAACUUUGUUUUACCGCUCAGGGUUGUUAGCCCUGAGCUGAGUCUCCAAACCUGGAGAACCGGUGGACCACUCUUAGUCUGGCCUCUACCCUUUGACCUGCUUGGCAUUGAUGACUCAACCAACAGCCAAAACAUAAGGCCCUGACUCCAGCCAACAUAGCUCUCCAGAUCAUUGAGUCACUCAAGCCUCCAAACCAUGACAAGGUUGAGGUCCUCUUGGAGGAGAGGGAAAUGACCAGUUGCCAUUUUGGGUCAAAGCCUUUCAUCUGGACGCUGACAAAAAGUCUUGAUUCGAAAUAUUGCCUGUCCAUUUCCCUCUUGUUGCUCAGUCCUUCCAGCAGUUUGUUUGUGGCUUGGAGGAUGCUCAGUUCAGGUCCCAUUUGAUAUCGAUAAACAUACAGGCCACACCUCCUCUCUUCAUAUAUUAGAUCACAAUCAUUAUUUAAAUAUACAUUAUACCACUAAGAUUGAUAUGAGACAACCAAAUUAUGAACCAAGAUGUUGCCUGAAGAAAUUCCCUAUAUGUUUUAUACUGCAACCAUAUAAAAACAUACUUCAAAAUAAUUUCCCAGCUCAAAAUCUUGCCCUCAGGAUGCAUCUUGCUCUCAUUUCUCUGUAGCCUCCCCUCAUCAGGAUGUAAUGUAGCAGGCUCUAUUCUGGGGUAUCCAGUGAGAAAGAUUAACAUUUCCACAUGAGAAUUGAUUUUGUAGUCACUCUUCCCAGCUCAUGCUAAUUGACUGAACUAGAUUCUUAGGUGAUCUUGUUCUGACAAGUCAACUCUAUAAACAUUUUACCUGUUUCAAAAACCAUGACUUGUAUAACUAUGCUUUGAAAUUCAUAAAAUUCAUAAUCUCUAUUUGUCCAUCAAUCUUAAUUAGUCAUGUUGGUAAUGCAAAUCACAGCUGGAGAGUUAAAAGGUUUAUGGUAUAGUCAGGAUCACUUUAAUUUAUAAACUAGGUGAAAACCUCAAAAUUUCACUUAAGUUUUCAAGUGAGUAUCCUAUCAGAGUCGACAAUAGGUCAUUGUGUAAACUGGUAUUGAUCUGAUAUCCCCAUAGGAUAGGACGAAAGGAGAGGAUAUCCAGGAUUAUAAACAGGGAACUAUCAAGAGUUCUGAUUUAGUUCAGAUUGGGCAAUGGAAAAAAUUAAGCAUGAACUUGUUAAGAUAAAGUUAGGUUGGAAAUGAUAAACUUUACUUGUCACAUGUACAUCAAAACAUCAAAGUAUGCAGUGAACUGUGGUUUUGUAUCAUUAACCAACACAGUCUGAGGACGUGCUGAGGGCAGCCCGCAGCCACUUCUGCAGCCAACGUAGUAUGCCCACAACUCACUAUCCUAACCCAUACAUCUUUGGAAUGUGGGAGGAAACCAGGGCAGAAUGAGAACAUACAAACAUGUCCCAGAGAGACGUGAGAUUUGCUAUGUGACUGUAUGGUUAAACUGACCUCAAAAUAUUUUGGGAAGGUAAUGGGUUAACAUCAAUAAGAUCAACGUACUUGAUGUCAUCUGUGUGAGUUUUAACCAAGUCAUGGAGUCAUAGAAAAUUAUAGCACAGAAAUAGGCCCGUCAGCCCCUCUAGACUGUGCUGGAUCAUUUCAACUGCCUGCUCCCAUCAACUGCACCCGGACCAUAGCGAUCUGUGUACCUAUGCAAACCUCUCUUCAAAGUUGAAAUCGAGCUUGCAUGCACCACUUGUGCUGGCAGCUCAUUCCACACUCUCACAACCCUGUGAAUGAAGAAGUUUCCCAUUAUGUUCCACUUAAACUUUUCACCUUUCACCCUUAACCCAUGACUUCUAGUUGUAGUUUCUCCCAGCUUCAGUGGAAAAAGCCUGCUUGCAGUUCUUAAUUUUGUAUACCUCUAUCAAAUCUCCUCUCAGUCUUCUACAUUCUAAAGAAUGCAGUUCUAACCUAUUCAAUCAUUCCUUAUAACUGAGGUCCUCCAGUCCCACCAGCGUCUUUGUAAAUUUUCUCUGUAUUUUUCAACCUUAUUUACAUCAUUCCUGUAGGUAGAUGACCAAAACUGCACACAAUACUCCAAAUUAGGCCUCACCAAUAUCUUAAGCAACUUUUUAGGUUUUAGUAACGUCCCAAAAGGCAGACAAGCGAAUAAAGUAAAAGCUCAAAGGGCAAGUGGCAAAAUGGAUGGAAAACUGGCUGAGCAAUGAAAAGCAAAGGAUAACUGGUUGACAGGUCCCUUUGCAAUGGGAAGACUGUUACAGGUAGUGUUGCACUGGGCUCAGUUCUCCAACUUUUGCUGCUUGUUAUAUAUAAAAAUCACUUAGAGAUAAGUGUAGGUAAAAAUAAAACUAACUUUGCACGUGAUGCAAAAGUUGGCCAUGUGGAGACUGCCAGAAGCGACAGAUCCUUAGCUCAGCUGGGUACAUAAGAAGGCAAAUUAAUUUAAUCCAAAGGUCUGUGAGGUAAUGAAUUGGCAAGUUGCAAUUAGACAACUGAGAGGACAUUUAGUUAGAAGGGUCUUGGAGAGUAUGCACACAAAUCAAUCAAAGUGCAGGAAAUUUUAAUAAAGUUUAAGAGGCAAAAACUGGGUGCUUUCCUUUAUUAGCAGUGAGAAUAUAAAACUGUGGAUGUUAUCAUGCUUGAACUGUACAAAAUGCUCAUGAGACUAUGUACUACAUAGGUUCAGGUCAUCGCAUUAUAGGGAAGUUAUGAUUUGCUGGGGAAAGUGCAGAAGAGAUGAUUAAGUUAUAGCCACAGGAUAGACUGGGUCUGUUUCUUUGGAACAAAGAGUCUGUGUGGAAGACUCAAUAGAGGAGUACUGUACCAUGUUACCACUCAGUAGGUCAGGCAGCAUCUAUGGAAAGGAAUGAUCAGGCUGAAACCUUUUAUCAAGGACUUGUAACAUCAGCUGUUCAUUCCUCUCCAUA